AUGUUGUUCAAGUCGUUGGCUAUCAGCGCGCUCGCGGCUGCAGCUAUUGCCCAGGAUCUCACCACGUUGCUGGCAAACACCACUCAACUGUCCAACCUGACUACCUACCUGGGACUUUUCCCCGAUCUUGUUGGCCAGUUGUCGUCCAGCCAGAACAUCACACUCCUUGCUCCUAACAACCAAGCUUUCUCCAGGUUUCUCAACUCUUCAGCAGGAGCGGCACUGGCGCAGAAUGACACAGCCCUCAUUCAAGGCUUGUUCACCUACCACGUCCUGGAAGGCGCAUACCCCAACUUCACCGACAUCCAAUUCGUUCCGACCUUGCUGCAGCCCACUCAGUAUACCAAUGUGACUGGAGGUCAAGUGGUGCAAGCGGUUCCUGGCGAUAACUCCACGUCGUUUUUCUCUGGCUUGCUCAACAACGCAAGCUCCACCGGCGCUCCGCUUAACUUCAGUGGCGGUGUUAUUCACAUCAUCGAUGAGGUGUUGAUCAUCCCACAAAACGUUUCGGAAACCGCCAUUCAGGCCAACCUCACCGCCGUCGCGGGUGCCCUGACCGAGGCGGACCUCGCAGAGACCGUUGACUAUUUGACCGACGUGACUGUCUUUGCUCCGAACAAUGCCGCCUUCGAAGCUAUCGGCUCGGCUCUCCCCAAUCUUACCACGGAGGAUCUGACCUCGAUCUUGCAGUACCACGUGAUUCAAGGCACCGUCGGCUACAGCAAUAUGUUGCAAAACGGCAGCCUCAUGACUGUCCAGGGCAACAACGUCACCAUUGCCGUUGUUGACGGCGAUGUCUUUGUCAACAGUGCGCGCGUGGUUGUGGCCGAUGUACUUGUCGCCAACGGUGUGGUCCACGUCAUUGACAAUGUCCUCAACCCGAACAACGCGACAGCUACUGCCAACCCAUCUCAAGAGACUGGCGCGCCUGUGUUCAGCGGUGCCAGCUCCGCCAGCAGUAUCCCUUUCACCUCAAAUGUUCCAACUCCCACCGCCAGCGCGGCGACUGAGUCCGCUCCCGGAGCCACUGGUGCAUCGAGCAGCAGUUCGGGAGCUGCUAUGCCCGUGAAGACCGGCGCUAUGGGAGCUGCUGCUCUAUUCGGUGGCGCGGCCUUGGUCAUGAACAUGUAA